UUGACAUUGCUAGUGCAGGUGCCAUGACAGGGUUGGGGGCAGAGGAUGACAUCCCGCUGGGCGAGAGGAAGACGGUCACGGACUUCUGCUAUCUGCUGGACAAGUCAAAGCAGCUCUUCAACGGCCUCAGAGAUCUGCCCCAGUAUGGACACAAGCAGUGGCAGUCCUACUUUGGUCGCACGUUCGACGUCUACACCAAGCUGUGGAAGUUCCAGCAGCAGCACAGACAGGUGCUGGACAAUCGGUAUGGCCUUAAGCGAUGGCAGAUCGGGGAGGUCGCCUCCAAAAUUGGCCAGCUGUACUACCACUAUUACCUCCGCACGUCGGAAACCAGCUACCUGAACGAGGCCUUCUCCUUCUACUCGGCCAUCCGCCAGCGCUCCUACUACUACCAGGUCAGCAAGGAGGAGAGGCCUGAGUUGGUGGUGAAAAAGCUGAGGUACUAUGCCCGCUACAUUGUGGUGUGUUUGCUCCUGAACAAGAUGGACCUCGUCAAAGUUUUAGUGAAGGAGCUGUCUGAGGAGAUUGAAGACUACACCCAGCGCUUUAACACUGAGGACCAGCUGGAGUGGAACCUGGUGCUGCAGGAGGUGGCUGCCUUUGUAGAGGCGGACCCGGUGAUCGUGCUGAACGACGACAACGCUGUCGUGAUUACGUCCAAUCGGCUGCAGGAGGGGGGCGUGCCCCCGCUGGAACAGGGCAUGGUGGUUGGUCAGCUCACCCUGGCCGACGCCCUCAUCAUUGGCAACUGCACCACUCAGGUCAAGUUCAGUGAGCUGACCAUCGACAUGUUCCGUAUGCUGCAAGCCCUGGAGCGCGAGCCCGUCAACCUGGCCACACAGACCAACAAGACACCAGGAACUCUGGAGCCCAAUGAGAAGCCGGCCAAGAGGGAGAACCCCCACAAGUACCUGCUCUACAAGCCCACCUUCAGCCAGCUCUACACCUUCCUCUCCGCCUCCUUCAAGGAGCUGCCAGCCAAUAGCGUGCUCCUAGUCUAUCUGUCUGCCUCUGGAGUCUUCCCCACUGCACGCAAUGAUUAUGAAGGCCCUUAUGAUGUCGGUGGCGUGCUGACCAACACCAACCGUGAUGUGGUGAAUGGAGAGACCAUCCAGAAGAGGAACCAGGCCCAGAAAGAGAUGCACUGCCUCCAUCCUGGUGACCUGUACCCCUUCACGAGGAAGCCCCUGUUUGUUGUAGUGGACUCGUCCAACAGCACAGCCUAUAAGAAUUUCACAAAUCUCUUUGGACAGCCGAUCGUCUGCCUGCUCUCCCCUACAGUCUACCCCAAGAGCAUGCAAGACCAGUCCCAGCGGGGCAGCCUCUUCACCCUCUUCCUGUACAACCCCCUGAUGGGCUUCCUGUCGGUGUGCGGCCUCAGCAGCGUGCGCCAGGGAUUGUGGGAGAAGGCCCAGGAGUUCCUCCGCAAGGUGUACCGCGACAUCGGCCAGCUCAUCACGCGCUCACGGGUCAUAGACCAAGCCUUCUUGCAGUUCUAUGGGGAUGAGUUCCUGAGGUUGCUGAUGAUCCGGUUUGUGUUCUGCUCGGCGACCCUCCGACUGCACAAGCUCUUCCGGGAGUCUCGGAGCUUUCCGGAUUCUUACCCCCAGCUUCCAAAACAAGACACAGUGGAGAACACCGCACUUCAGAAACACGUGCACGACCUAGCGGCCAUGCUGGACGUACAGAACCUGUUCUGUGACGGCGCGCUGGAUAACUAUUGACCACAUCUACAGUAGAACACACACACACACACACACACACACACACAUACAUGCACACACACAACGACGUUACACACAAACCCACAUACACAUACUUUACAGACAAAAACGUAAACAUUUAUGUUCAGAUCUUUGCAUAGUUCUUCUGAAUGAACUUUGCCGUUUUAUCUAAUCUUCUCAUUUAGUGCUAGGUUAUUCUUUGCCAAAUGUUUUCCUGUGGAAAUGUUCGACCUUACGAUCCACUUUUUAGUUAACAUCUCAAGACACUUGAAGCAGUGGUAAUGGAAACAGUCAAAGAUGGCCGAGCGAAGCUCUCUAUAGCUCUCUAACCCAUAGCUGUAAAGAAAUGCAGAAUAGACACAUUGAGAACAGGGUAGAGAAACGAAUCGCCGCUAGAAUGGAGGGAACAUUCUGGAAAGACACCACUGCCUGUUUUGAAUUCAGCUUCAUUCCUCCAGUCGUCCUCAGACUCUAUAUGUUCGCAAAGUUUACACGCCUUGUCACCCUCUGGCUUCUUCUCUUCUGCAUGUGCAUUCUACUGUCUUUGACACUCUGUUGUUAAUGGCUUGCCUUUCUUGGUUCUCUUGAGUUUCUUAACGCCAUUUUGUCUUCUUCUUCUGUACUAUCUGGAGUCUGACUAACCUGAGCCACAGCCCUGUUGUGGUGCGACUCCCCGAGCCCUCCAGUCCAUGGCUCCUCGCCGCACUGGGAUACAUUUAAGAGGGCGUGUGUGUCGUCUAAACGUUUGUGGAGUUUUAAAAUGGUAUAUUCCACCGAGGAGGAUAUUUUAGCACGUUUGCCAGUAGUGUGUCCCUGUCCAUAGAACCGAUUUUAUAUUCCGCUGUCCGAUGUAUAUGUGGUGGACUAUACUAUCCAAAAGGAUUAUCUUGUUUCUGCAGCUCUGCGGAAGGGUGGCGAGCAAAAGCAAAUAUCCCUAUAUAUACAAAUAUAGAUAUGUAUAUAAAUGUAUAGACAAGGAAAAAAAAUGAACAUGUGAGGCUGCAAGAUGUUUUUAUUUCUGUCUUUCAUGUAGCUGAGGUUUCUUUGUUGGUAGAAGAAUUGUGAAGAGAUGGUGCUGUGCAGUUGGCCCAGACAGUGUCCCCAUCCUUACACCACACACACACAUGCGCACACACACACACACACACACACACACACACACACACAUACACACAAACCCUUUUCACCCCCUAAAUCUGAAGUUUGUGAAUGAACUACGACGCUGUCAUGCCACUGCGCCCUCUGCUGUUGUAUUCGGCUCACUGCAGCCAGCCUACAUUCCAAGGACAUCCUGAAAAUGAGCCCAAUGAAGAGACUGCCGCUGACUCCGUUGCUUUUUAAUUUCCUGAGUUUGAAUUGGGCCAUCCCGGCAGGGGAAUAUAGGGCAGCUUAAUGUUAAUUGCCUCUUUUUUUCCGUUGGUUUUGUUUAUUUAACUUGUGAUAUUGUUCACAAAUGGAAAAGAAAUUGUUAGCAUAAUGAUGAGGAGGAUAAUGAUGAUGAUGAUGAUGAUAAUAAUAAUAAUAGCCUUGCACUUUACUUGUACUGAAGUUUGACCUGAUGUUGUUUGUUGUGCUGUUGGUAAUGUCAGAGGCAUGUCAGAGACCACAAUAACUAACACAAUUGUCUUAUACUCACCCCAUGUGCAUGGAGCACUCUGUAGCCUUGGUUGGAAGCUCCGUGUCCACUGUUCCACAGUGCACACAGACCAAGCUCCAGUGAAAGGAAGGACUGAGCCUGCUGCACAGACCUGCGUCCCAUCUGCCCCCCCCCAGUGUUACUGUUCCCCAUUGGACUGGACGUUUGCAAGCAUGUCUGUGUGUCUGAGCGUCACAGCGUGAGCAGGCUCCCUCCACGCUCCGCUGUGUUGAAAGACACGGACUAGUAGCUCUGUUCUUUGGAAGCACAAGACUCAGCCAGUCGAUCCAACAUUCCAGCACCUUCCUCUUUUACUGAGCCCCCACCCCCACCCCCCCACAGCCCUCCUAACACAUGCACACUUAUGGCAUAUCGAACAACCCUUUUCCUCUGUGAUUCAUAUCAAUUCUAAUAUGCCUUUUUAGAACAUUUUUGUAUGUCUUGAAAAACAUGGCAUGUAGCAUUUUGAUUGACUUUUUAAUGUGUUUUGUUGUUUAAUCUUGCCCCCACCCCCACCCCCCCCCCCCCAAUUUUGUCACAUUUUUAUUUGCCUACAUGGACUUCACACCCGCAGACACACCCAAUCACUGCCAGACUUAAUCAGCCACAAUAUUCUUCUGAAAUAUUCCAGUCCCUGUGAACCAAACUGGAGAAAUCCAGAAUUAGUCCCCAGUAGUCUAGCAGAUAUUUCCCCCCUCGUUACUUUUACCGAUGGACGUGAGGACAUGGAAGAAGACGCACCGCCUCUAGAGGAAACCGAUUUGAUUUCUGAAGUCUCAUCCCAGAAUCGUCUAUCCUCUUGUUUAGUUGUGCAUUACCAGCCCCAGGGUGUCAUCAGAAAGCAAGGUCCUCCAGGUCCUCAUCAGUGACCUACUUAUGACUUUUUACACACACUCUACACACAUCCUGGUUAGUAUGGCAGCGUGGGGACUUGUUGCCCUUGCGAGGGCCGAAAGGACACUGGAGGGAAAAUAAGCACAGGCUAGAUGCACACAUCUGCUCCCACCUCCUACUUUUGCGUAUGACCAAACUGGAACUUUUCAGACUCGAGCGAGAUGAAGCAGAGAUGAAAACAGCUGCCCCCUUUUUUUGCGUUAAAGAGAACUCACAAUUCGUAACACUUUCGUUUCGCAUCGGCAGAGAACACUACUCCAUGAGUCGUAAGCCAGGCUUCUGACACUUUGUUCAUGACACAUUUUUCUACCAACAACAACAAAAAAAAAAGAGCGCAAGAUCUUUUGUUGAUGUACCCAUGUUUAAAGGGAAAAAUGAGAUGUGCAACAGAAAAUGUUGAAUAACAACCUGUUAGAAAGCGCUGGGUUACGAUGCCUGUCUUGUAGUGAGUCUAGGCCUAUGCUAAAGUGUUACUUGAUUAGUACGGGUGAUUUUUCUACAGGUUCCUACUGUUGUGGGAGGGAACGAUUUCACAAGUGAUGUAAUGGUCAGAAUACUCUUUCUUUAUAAGUUAAGGGUUUCUAUAGUUGCUAGUUGAAUUGACUUGCAUUGUCCACCCAUCUGUGUUUUUAUCACUUAUUCUAUAUGUGCUGUGUCCCAUUUGUUGCCAAACUUAUAUUUGAUGUUAUUGUUGUUAAGAUAAAAAAAGGACAAGAAAAAAAAUGAAAUGUGACAAUACCAAAACAUGCAAGCUUUUCUUUUUUCAGAAUGCUAUUUAAAACUAUUAAAACUUUAUGACUGUUUUGUUUAA